AAUUUACGAGUGCAUACUAAAUAAAGUCUAAGAGCAGUCGCAACCUGAAGUCAAUUAAAAGUAAACAAAUAUACAAAAUCCUAUGUACAAUUCCAACUUGAACAAUUACACCAUCUUCAAAGCAUUGGUCCCCCUUCGAGUAAGAAACAACGAGAUAGUCAACAAUACCUCAAAAUGGCUUCUGCAUCCACAGAAAAGGAUAAAUCCAAAGUCCACAAGUUGUCCCUCAAAGGAAGUGCGAAACUAGUCGCCGAGUUUUUUCAAUAUUCGAUUCAUACCAUACUAUUCCAAAGAGGUGUAUACCCCGCGGAGGACUUUACAGCCGUCAAGAAGUAUGGUCUCAACAUGCUAGUGUCGGCCGAUGAUCAGGUGAAGGCGUACAUCAAGAAGAUCAUGUCACAGCUCGACAAGUGGAUGCAACGCGGCAAGAUCAGCAAGCUAGUGAUUGUCAUCACCGACAAGGACACGGGCGAGCACAUUGAACGCUGGCAGUUUGAUGUUCACAUCUUCAACAAUGCCAAGUCCAAGAAGUCCAAGUCUUCGGCAGCGCCAGCCGACCAAGAGAACGAUGCAGCCCCGUCUGCCUCCAACACAGCUCUCCCCGACCCUUCCAAAACCGAAGCCGAGAUACAAGCCGAGAUUGCUGCCCUCUUCCGACAGAUUACCGCUUCGGUUACGUUCCUACCCCAAUUAGCUGGCGACUGCACGUUCAACGUCCUAGUCUAUGCUGAUGCCGACAGUGACGUGCCCGUCGAAUGGGGAGACAGUGAUGCCAAGGAGAUUGUCAACGGCGAGAGGGUGCAGUUGCGAGGAUUUAGCACCACCAGUCACCGUGUCGAGACGUUGGUCAGCUAUCGAUUGGGGGAGUAGAAAGUGCGAGUCAUCUGCCUACCCUUGGUAUAUCACAUCAAAGCCGAGCCUAGCACAGAACCGGAUUGUACGAUGGGGAGCAUAUUCGUUGGAUAAAGUCGGGAUUUGUUUGGGCGUUCCGGGGCUUGCUAGUUUUCUACAGGGGCAGAAAUAUUUAGCAUGAAUGCCUCGCUCUGUAUAACUACCUCACUAGUCCUAGGCACUACUAGGUAAAGGGCAGGCGGGUGCCUAGAUAUAUAAGCUGCCUUACUUGGAACAUUUGAAACCUACACUAUGAUAUUCACUAGGUAGGUCACUCGUGCUUGGAAAAGUUAUGGCUCAUUAGGUGAUGGUGGGUUUUGCAACCAUUAACGAUGGUUCAUUUUGCAAGUAGCCACCAGUGUAGC